AAGAUCUCCACGUCACCUCCCAACCCUCCAUCCACUCUUUCUUUCCCCGACCCGAAAACCUCGAAGCGCAAAGGAAUUAUGUCAGCAGAGGCCACGAUCUCCCGCCUCCGCCACCUCGAUCGCCGCCGCCGCCGCCUCCACCACCGGCGCAGCCUCCGCCGUUCACUCUCCCUCGAGCUCGACCCCCCUCCCCCCAGCUUCUCCCACCACCAGCGCCGUCGCGCCCGCCGCGCCUUCGAUCUCUACGAUUCCGAUGACGACAUGACGUUGCCCGUCCGUGAUCCGAUCGCCGCUGAUCGAAUUGGAGCCCUGAACGGCGACGUCGCUUCCGAUCCCGACUCCGUCGAUCUGCUCCUGGAGCUCGACGGCGAGGCCAGUUCUGGCAUGGAUCUGUUCGUCGAGCAUCCGCAGUUCGUGGGCGGCGACGCGGAUUCGGUGUCCGAGGAGGUAAAUAGGUUGGAUUUCGGGGUGAUUGAUGGGAAUGAUGACGUUUGUAUGGAUAAUGUGGAUGUAGAUUUAGGGAUCGGGUUAGGGUUUGGCGUGGGUGGGGACGAGAAUUGUAGAUUUGUAGACGAGGAUUGUUGUGAAGAUGAGAUUUUUAUGGAGACUGGGGCUUCUGGGUUGGAUUCCUGUGAAGCAGGGAUGACAAUUUGUGAAAUGGAGCAGUGUUGGAGUGGUAUACGUGAUGUCAAGUUCGAUUCUGAUUUGGAGUUGGAAGAUGAAUUGGGGGUUUGUAGAGAUUCAGAGGAUGAAUUGAGUUUGAAUCACGCGAUUGAUGAGGAUGACUAUUUUUGUAGUGUUCCUUUGUGUUGGGAUGAUUCCCUUCCAUUGGAAGUGGAUGCCGGAGAGGUUGAGGAUCUCGAUUUGGAAUGGGAGGAAGUCGAGAGUUGCUUCGAUGAUAGAGAGAUAUUGAGCUUGUUUGGUGAUCCUCUCAAUGAUGAUGGAUCCAUUUCUGUAUCUUCAAUGCCUAUUGUUGCAGAUGAAGGGGAAGAUGUGAGUGUUGAAGUAGUUGGAGGUUCUGGGAACUUGGAAUGGGAGGUUUUGUUGAAUUCAGAUAAUUUAGUAGCAACAGCAGGAUUGGAUCAUGAGCUGGAAACUUACUUUGAUGACGAUGAUUACUUAUUUUCUGCGGAAUAUGAGACCAUGUUUGGUCAGUUAACUGAGAACGAGAGUUCUCUGGUGGGAGGGUCCCCGGCUUCUGAAGCAGUGAUCCAGAAUCUACCGAAGUUGGCUUUGACUCAAGAGGAUGUGGAUGGAAAGGACGGGCUUUGUCCGGUCUGCAAGGAUGAAUUUAUGGCUGGGGACAUUGCAAUGCAGCUGCCUUGCAGCCAUGGAUACCACGCCAAUUGUAUUGUGACAUGGCUGCGCGUGAGGAAUACAUGUCCUGUUUGUCGUUAUGAAUUACCUGCUGAUGAUGCGGUAUCUUGAGCGGGAAAGGACCAGGAGAUCACAAAUUGGCUUCUAAUCAUGAGUCGAGGGCGGCAUUACUUUGUAGAAGUCAGACUGAGUAUUAAGAUGUGUAAAAAUGUAGAUAGCGGCAUCAGAGAGACCCACCUAUACCUUGUACUUUGUAGCAAGGAGGAUUGAAUUCUUUACAGGUUCAUAUUUUUCGGUAAGGGCAAAAGGAAGUUUUAUUCCUAAAGAACCCAAAUUGUUAACUGUUGGGUGAAUAAGACUUGAUGUAAUAUUAGGUUUUCUCCAGACAACUCUGCGUAAUCUAUGACUGCUUGUGCUUGUUGUCUCCAA